UCUAUUCUUCAUGCCCUUCCAUGCUUAUUUGAACGCUUAAGGAGUUUAUGAAUUCGUAUUGGUUUUAUUAAGAUAAAUAUAAUAUGUUAUAUAUCUCCGCCAUGAUGUGGAUCUAAUAUCAAUAGAUAUUUCAAACGUAAAAUGCGCUUAAUAUUGAGGAAAAUUUCACAUGGAUAUUUUCUUUCAACAUUUAUGGAAACUUGAUAUGAAUAUUAAAACAUCGAGAAAAUUGAUCUACACUGGCAGCAUUCUGCUGGAGUAACCUACUAUUGUUGCACGAAGGAAACUAUUGUUACAUUCAGGAUUAUAAUACAGCUGACUCACGAUGACAAGCAAGCUUACAGUUGCUUCAUAUUUCGCUCUGUCAUUCAUUCUCCUCGGAAUGGGAGCCCAUAUUCUGGGCUUCGUUACUGACUUUUGGUGUACUGGAUCACGUGAUAAACCGAUACCUGAUGCAGUCGACAGAACAUGGGAUGUUCGCGAAAAUAUGACAGAUUCGAAUGUACUGCAUGUAAACAUGGGACUCUUCAGUCAAAAAGUAGAGUAUGAAGACGGAACACUCAUUGAAGAAGCUUCCUCUUUAAAAUUAAGAGAAGAACAGAUAUUGGUGCUGUCCAUUGCGGGAGCUAAUACGUUACUAUGUCUGAUAUUGUAUAUCCGAGCUAUACAUAUUUUUGUUGGUGUAACGUCUUUCAUUAUCAUGUCACUUAUGCUUCUGUCUGCGUUUUAUACGUUCGAUCAUACAGACAGCAGUCUUCAAAACUUGCAGGAAUACCAUUCAAUGUGGCCAACCAUGGUGCUCUCUUGGUCAUUUAUUUGUGUAUUUGCUGGACUUAUAGUGAAUAUUAUUUCAACGGCAGCAUUUCUCACUAUAUUGCUCAUAAAGGGAGAACGUAAAGCAGCUAACUCUUCUAAAGGGCUGGGUCCCGCACACGUUGUUGACACGGAUGACAAAACGCCUAUUGUGAGCGUAAUUGCCGGGGAUCAGUCAUACGAAAAUGUGGCUUAUACAAAUGAAUAUCGGAAUAAUUCGAAUGUUGAGACACCUAGCUCUGCAAAUGCAACUUCAAGUUAUCCGGCGUCAGAACCCGUUUACACCGUAAAAGAUGUUGAUAUUAUCUUAGAAGACAAAAAUAAAGACGACAAAUCUGUAGAACGUACAAACACAAACUCAGUUGACAAGUCAUAUACUUUUCUGGGAAAGCGUGUCCCAGAUGAACCAACUACAGAUUUGGACGCUGUCGAAUCCGACAUCGAAGAAAGUGAUAAUACAAUGAACCUCGGAGAAAGCAUAAAUACAAUAUCAGAGAGCAUACGGUUGUGAGAUUUUGAGUUAUGAGAUAUAUUGUAUAUGCACUUGAAACUUUAAACCAAUUCAGUUUGAUCGCUCACCGUCCGGCGUCCGUCCGUCGUCCGGCGUCCGUCAUCCGUCAUCCGUCCGUCCUCACUUUCCUUUAAACAACAUCUCCUCCUAAACCGCCGAGCCAAUUUCGAUGAAACUUCACAGGAAUGUUCCUUAGAUAGCCUUCUUUGAACGUUGUUCAAAGAAUUGAAUUCCAUACAGAACUCUGUUUGCCAUGGAAAAUACAUUAAAACUAUUCUUGUCCUAAACCACAGGUCAUAGGGCUUUGAUAUUUGGUAUGUAGCAUCAUCUAGUGGACCUUUACCAAGAUUGCUCAAAUUAUCCCCCUAGGGUCAAGACUUAUAUAGGUAAAAGUUUGAAAAUCUUCUUGUCCAAAACCACAGAGCCUAGGGCUUUGAUAUUGGGUACGUAGUAUCAUCUGAAAGUCCUCUACCAAGACUGUUCAAAUUAUCCCCCUCGGGUCAAAUAUGGCCCCGACCUGGGAGUCACAUGGUUUAUAUAGACUUGUAUAGGGAAAAUCUUCUUGUCCAAAACCAUUUGAUAUUUUGUAUGUAGCAUAAUCUAGUGGUCCUCUACCAAGAUUAUUCAAAUUAUCCCCCUAGGGUCAAAUAUGGCCCGCCCUUUGGGUCUUCUGAUUUAUAUAGACUUACAUACGAAAAAAAAAACACAUGGCCUAGAGCUUUAAUAUUUGGUAUGUAGCAUUUAGUAGUAGUCCUUUUCCAAGAAUGCUCAAAUUAUCCCCCUAGGGCCAAAUAUAGCCCGCCCUUGGGGUCACCUGAUUUAUAUAGACUUACAUAAGAAAAACUUUGAAAAUAUUCUUGUACAAAACCACAUGGCCUGGGGCUUUGAUAUUUGGUAUGUAGCCUUUUCCAAGAUUGCUCAAAUUACCCCCGUCUCACCCAGGAGGUGGGGGCAUAUGUUUUAAUUAGCCUUGUUUAGGGAAAAACUUUUUAAAAAGUUCUUGUUUCAAACCAUUAGGCCCAGAGCUUAGAUAUUCAGUAUGUGGCAUGCUCUAGUGGUUCUCUGCCAAAAUUAUUCAAAUCAUAAUCAUGUGGUCAAUAUAUGCCACGCCCGAGGGGUCCCUAGUUUUACACUGAAUUAUAUAGGAAAAGUUUAUUAUCAACAUGUGAAGUUGUGUACCCACACCCGGUCACCCCCACCGCCCUGGUCAACACCCCCUCCCCCAUCCCAUAUUUUUUUCCCUUUUUUCCUUUUUUAACCGUAAAAACCUUCCAUGAAUAUUUAUCAACAUGAAAUGUAUCCCCCCACUCUCACCUCGCUCCAAGCGAUUUUGAUUUCCAUUUUUUAUUUUCCUUCGAUUUUUAUUAUCAACAUGUGAAGGUUUGUACCCCCCCCCCCCCCCCACACACACACCUCCCAAAAGAAAAUCACACACAUUACCUGCCUGUAUUCAUUUAGUAGAAACUUUUAAUUGUUCAAGCAAGCAACUAAACUCAUGUGAGCGAUAUUGGACAACAUCAUCCCUCUUGUUGAAAUAGGAGUGGCGUGCACACUUACAUAUUUCUACAUAUCAGAGUAGAUAUAUAUGUUCAAAAUUCAAGGAACAAAGGUGAAUGACCUUUUAUAGUUGUAACAUUAUUUCUUGAUAGAUUGAAUAUAUGAUAUACUGAAAGGACAUCAUUUUAUAUGCAACGUGAUAUUUUAUAAGUUUAUAUGUGAUUUCUAUCUUAAACGAUAAACAUUAUAGUAUUAGACAAGUUUACAAGCUGAAUAUUUACACGUACAGAGAAAUAGAGAGAGAGAGAGAGAGAGAGAGAGCGGCUACUGUUUCGAUAUUAAGUUAUCAGUCUCGGAAGAUUUCGAUAAACCUCACAAUAAUAGGCGUUUGUCUUUUGAUAUCAGCUUUGUUAGGUCAGCCUAGUGAAAUUCAAGUUAAACAUCGUUUUCAGCAAUCUUGAACAUUGUUUCAUUUUAUUUCUUUAUAAAUGACAUUUCGUUUUAAAUGUGAAUAUUGUAAUUAUCCAGUAGUACUGAACAAUACGAGACAGGUCGGUAAAAAAUGUAUUGCACGGGUAGAUUGUUGCCUACUUGGUUUGCUUCUUAAUAUCAGUUAAAAUGCAAAUAUUUGAAAUGAAAGUCACUGCUUUCAUGACGAAACGGCCAAAUUCACUGCUAAAUCAGCUUGCUUGUUAACACCGUCACGACCACAAAUCAAGAAUAAAUUAGCAAAGUUUAAGUUCUCUGUAAAGUUAAAUUCUAUCUACAUCGCCUACCAUUCCCCGAUUUUUGAUAUUUGAUACAAUGCUUGUAAAAAUGCAAAAAAUAUGAUGACAGUCACCUUUGUUGACGCUCUUUUAUCGCGACAUGCACUACCUCGGAAGUUGCGACAGAGCGAUUUAGCGUAUACCUCUGAAAGAGGUAGCUCUGUUGUUUACCAGGCGUGUGUUAUUAAAUCUGAAUUCUAAAUACAAGCUCACAUCAAGAUAAUCUAAGUCACGAACUAAAUGAGAAUAAGCAUUGAUUCAGCUGUGCUAACGCAUAAUGAAAUAAAUAGCGACCACUGAAAGAUUACUCUACUUGGAAUGUGAAAAAAAACAUGUUUGAGUUAUUUCCCUUGAUUCAAUUUGACACUAUUUUAAUGCCAAGAAACAUAUAUAAAAUAGAAAAAAAGGAGAAAUUUAAAAGACCAAAGAGGACCGGGUGAGAAAAAAAAAGCGCCUUAGAUUGAAAUACAAAUGAAAUAUUGUACAUAAAAGGUGGUGGUUUCUUUGAGAAAGAUAUCAAGUGAAAUUUAAAACGUAACUCAAUUUUAGAAUCUGUGUUUCUACAGAUUGGUGCUGACAAACACUGCAAAAUGGCUCCACAUUUUAUUAAAUCUAUCUAUUCUAAAUAAUUUUACUGCGUUGAAUCUCUCAGUUUGAAACAGUGAUGUAAUUUCUUUCUUUAGAACAGUCAAUCCAGGAACACAAGCAUUCAAUUUGCAAUGAUAAAUAUACAAUUUGGUUGUUAUAACAACACUAUUUAAAAUGGUUGAUUAGAUAUGUUACCUAACAAAACGUCGCUUUUAGUAAACAGAACCGUGUUUUCUCCACAGUAUCUAUUUAUCCAUGGCUGCACAUUCAACCAAAAAAACAUGUAUAAUGUCACAACCCCAAAAUAAGUGUACUAAUGUUUCUGCUUCUUGAGCACAGAAAGAACAUAAAUUGCUAUUAACCAUACCCAUUUUUUGGUAAUAAAUAGUUUGUACCUAAAAUUCUGUGAUUUAUCGUAAACUGAAACCACUGCAGUUUUGAGGCCUUUGUGCACUUAAAAAGCAAUUUAUAAAUAUUUUUCCAGAUUGGGUUUGUUAGAUUUAAUUCUUGUGUCCAACUGUGUUGAGAAGAAGGCUGGCUUGUUUUGCUAUUUAAAGAGUCAUAAAUUUUUCUACAGCCUUUAACUCCAAAGUUUAUUAAUGCUAUAGACAGGGGUUGCAGAGGAAUUUUUUGGUUAGUGCCCUGAUGCGGAAUACGAAGGCUAUCUAGAUAUGAGCGGAUUGAGAAAAUUAUUUCAUUAUAAUCCAGAAAAUUAGUCCUUGUAUUGUAUACUUCUUGAAAUUCUUCAAAAGAGUAUAAGUUUCCAUUACUUUCAUAAAACCGUUAACCAAGAAGGCCCCUUUGUCCAAUAUAUGCUGCUUUUCAAGAGUUUUACCCCCUAAUUUGAAUUUUGUAUUAUUCCAUACUGGUUCAGAUAAAAACUCAUACCAUGUAUUAAUCUGUUUCUUUUCAAUAAGUGUUAAUACCCCCUUCCAUACAUCCCUCCAGAACUCAUUUUGGUAAUCUGCUAAACUUUGAAAUUGAGUAUGUCAUGAACUAACCAGUUUUUGGCCUCCGGGACCACUGCUUUUUCUUCCUCCUGUAACCAAAAAUCAGAAAGAAAAUAACACUCGUUCUGU